AGUCCUCGUGUUUUCUUCUCAGAUGAAGCUCGCUCGUGUGUGUGUGUGUGUGUGUGUGUGUUUGAUCGUGUUUCCCUCUUUUUAAACCAGGAAACUGUCUGAUGUUGAGCGGAUGUUGAGUUUCUCUCUCAGCGCGUGAUCGAUCUCCAUCAGUCAUGAGUGAACAAAGCAUCUGUCAGGCGCGGGCCACCGUCAUGUUGUACGAUGACGGUAGUAAGCGCUGGUUACCGGCCGGUUCUGGUGCUCAGGCCAUCAGCAGGGUUCACAUCUUCCAGAACCCCAGUAACAACAGCUUCAGGGUGGUGGGACGCAAACAACAGGCCGAUCAGCAGGUGGUCAUUAACUGUCCUCUGGUCCGAGGGAUCAAGUAUAACCAGGCCACUCCUACGUUCCAUCAGUGGCGGGACGCACGGCAGGUCUGGGGUCUGAACUUCGGCAGUAAAGAGGACGCGGCUCAGUUCGCCAGCGGCAUGAUGCACGCUCUGGACCUGCUCAGCGGAGACGCCGCUGCGUGUCCUCCUCCUCCUCGACCGCCUCCGAACGGCCCGAGCGCUGAGGAGAUAGAGCAGAAGAGGAGACAGGAGCAGCAGGAGAGAGAGAGACAGGAGAGAGAGAGACAGGCGUCUGCUGCUCCGGCUCCGCCUCCUGGCCCUCCUCCUGCUCCUGGCCCCGCCUCUGCACCUCCUCCUCCCCCUGGACCUCCACCCGCUCCAGGACCCCCGCCUCCCCCUCCACCCCCACCUCCUUCAGGAGGAGGCCCGCCGGCCCCCCCACCCCCACCCUCAGGAGGAGGAGGAGGAGGAGGAGGAGGUGAUGGAGGUCUGGCUGCGGCGCUUGCUGGAGCUAGACUACGCAAAGUGGCCAAGGAGGACAGUGGAGCAGCGGCUCCUGCAGUGAGUGCCAGCGCAGGUGGAGGAGGAGGAGGAGGAGGAGGAGGAGGAGGAGGAGGAGGAGGAGGAGGACUGAUGGGAGAAAUGGGUGCUAUUCUCGCUCGCCGAAAAAAAGCUGCUGACGCUCCAGCCAUCAAGAAAGAAGAAACCAGCAGCGCUGAUGACUCCAGAGCUGCAGAUAAACCAGACGUGGUGAAGAAGCCGUGGGAGAAACCGUCGUCUGUGUCACGGGUGAACUCAGCGUGUAAGAGUCAGGACAAGAGCCCGGUGUCUCCUGCGACCGCGGCUCCGUUGAGCAGGACGAGACCCGGCAGCAGCACAGGAGACACCACAGACAUGGAGAAACUCAAACAGGAGAUCCUGGAGGAGAUGCGCAGUGAGCUGCAGAAGGUGAAGGAGGAGAUCAUCAGCGUUCUGCUGGAGGAGCUGCAGAAGAUCAGAGCGGCCUAGCUGCGGAUCAGGACCACAGACACAUGCUUCCAGAUCUCCUUUUUUUCACAAUAUAAUUUUUAUUUUAAUUUAGCUGCCUUUUAAAUGUUAGAAUGGGCCCCUUGCACCAGGAUGAUGUUUUUUAGGGGUCCAUGGCAUCUGAAAGAUUGAAAACAUGAUAGUUGAUAUGAUUGAAGAUGAUGCACAGAUGUUAUGAGGAACAGCAGCAAACAAACUCUCUGCUGAUAUGUGUUUAUUUGGUAUGUCAUUCACAAGAACAGUACUGUAGUGUUACAUUGUAUUAGCAUUGCCAUGGUAACAACAUCCUGAGAGUCCAGAGUGUGUGUGUUGUGAGUUCUUCUGUGCGGCGUGUGCUUGUUUCACUAAUAAAACCACAGGGACUGAUCCAGGA